UUUUAGGCUUUUCAACAUCUCAAGCAGACCUGUCAAUUCACGAUCCAACGAUACGCAAAAGAAGGAACAUUCACGGGAUUAUCCUAUCGUUCCGGUCCCAACUGAACUUGAGUUUGAACAUCGACUCGACGCACUUGGGUUGCAGUUUCAGAUCUUUCCGUUUGGUUCUUAACUUCUACAUCUAUUUCCUUGGCUUCUCGCAUCUAUUACUAUUAUUGUCUUAUCCACACAUUCUCUCCUGUACUACAAUUACCUUUAUUUAGUUCUUGUUGAUUUCCUUCUCUUCGCCUUUAUUCUAUUCACGUGGCCGGUACAUCGGGGACUGUCAGUGCAGGCCGCGUGGGCGUUGAUUGGUUGACCGUUGUGUGAUUCGUGUGUAUUGAUUUGGCUCUUCUCGGUUUCAUAUCGCUCCCGCGAACUCCAUCCUGUUUCAACGGCGCAUUGAAGAAGGAACACACAUGGGAAUUUUCCUACCGUUCCUGUCCAAAUUGAACUUGAACUAGAGAGCAGAUCAUGGAGUUGCGUGUCGGGAAAAAGUACCGUCUCGGGCGCAAAAUUGGCAGUGGCUCCUUCGGUGAAAUUUAUCUUGGCACAGACCUGACAAAAUGCGAAGAGGUGGCCAUCAAGUUGGAGUGUGUCAAAGCGAAACACCCUCAGCUGCAAAUUGAAGCGAAGAUAUACAAACUUAUGCAGGGGGGUGUCGGUAUCCCCUGUCUCAAAUGGUCCGGCACCGAGGGUGAUUACAACGUUCUUGUGUUACAAUUGCUGGGACCCAGCCUGGAGGAUUUGUACAAUUACUGUGGUCGACGAUUCAAACUCAAAACCGUACUUCUCUUGGCCGAUCAGCUGAUCACUCGAGUGGAGUAUAUACACAGUAAGAGCUUCAUCCAUCGAGAUAUCAAACCGGACAACUUCCUCAUGGGACUCGGCAAACGUGGCAAUCUCGUCUACGUCAUCGACUUUGGGUUGGCCAAAAAGUAUCGCGAUAGCCGGACACAUCAGCACAUCCCGUAUCGUGAGGACAAAAAUCUGACCGGGACAGCUCGUUACGCCAGCGUCAACACGCAUUUGGGCAUAGAACAAGCACGCCGGGAUGAUUUGGAGUCGUUGGGCUAUGUGCUGAUGUACUUUCUCCGUGGUAGCCUGCCUUGGCAAGGUCUGAAAGCAGGAACGAAGCGGCAGAAAUACGAACGUAUCAGCGAGAAGAAGCUACAGACCUCAGUUGAGUCGCUAUGUGAAGGUUAUCCGGUCGAAAUGGCGAUAUACCUCAAUUUUUGCCGCGGUCUCUACUUUGACAAUCAACCAGACUACGCGUACCUGCGCACACUGUUUCGCAGCCUGUUUCAUCAGGAAGGUUUCACGUACGAUUGUGUCUUCGAUUGGAAUCUACUGAAGCUCUCUGCCAACGGACCCAAUAACAACGGCAACGCAGUGGCAGCCAUUGAGCAGUCGGGUGGCGCUAACCAACAGCAGCAGCAGCAGCAACAAACCCAACGUCGGGGUGGGCAUCAACACGAGGAGAAGAGUAAAAGUCGUCACAAAGGUCUACCUGCCAAUGUCUCGUCCUACGCCCCCGUGCCUCAAAACUUGCCUAUCAUGUCUGGAAACAAUAGAGCCAGUUUGAGCCAGCAGGCCUCCGGAGCUGUGACGGCUUAUGUGCGUAGCAUGACUGCGGCUGCCUCGGGUCUACCAAUGGGCCAAUCCUCUUUGCCUUCCACUCAGCCCAUCCAAAUGCUGACGAUGCAACAACCCCAACAAAUGCAACAGCAGCAACAGUCGAUUCAACCCGCGGCUGCGGCUGCUGUCUCCUACUACGAGGCAUUUGCAGAAGGAAGGCAACCCCCUAGUUUCACCGCAUCCAUGCGUCCAGUUGGCGUGUAUGUUAUGCCUUCCGGUACUCCGACCCAAAUACCCGUGGCUUCUUCACAGGCGAACCAUAACUUUUUUGCCCAACCAAUGAACCCUGACAUGUACCUUGUUCAAACAACACACCCCCAACAACAACAACAACAACAACCACCACCAGCACCUCCACACUCUACACCAUCUCAACCUCAAGGCCCAUAUGUUUUGACCACCACUCAGGUACCCCUGCAGCACCAGCAACAGCCACCAACCGCUCCAAUGCACCAUCCGCACGCGUAUCACCCACAUGUCUCACACCCGGGCGGCGGCGGCGGUGGUGGCGGGCUUUAUCUUCCAACUGGUGGUACACCAGACAAUUUCAACCCUCCUCUCCUUUCCUCUGUGCAAAUGGCCGGCGCAUUUCGCAAAUGAGCGCGCACCCACUUUCCCUUUUAUUGUCACUGUCCCCGUCUCUCCAAUCUGUGUGUAUGUGCGCCCGCGACUGAUGGUGGCCCGCCACUUCCCAUGCAAAACUUGACCUUACACACGUGCCCAGCGACAUGAACGCGCCACUCAUGCACAACGUAACUUCACGUAGAGAAAGGUGGGGCGCAACGGGAUAAAAAUUCGCCCGUCUGUGUAUAUUCUAUCUCAUAAAUUGCUGAAGGUCAUCCAA